GCUUCUUUUCAACAGGAAACCCAAGAAUAACUGGGAUAAUUCAGGCUGCAUCCUACUCAAAUUUAGCCCACAUGUCAUUGUACUUCCAGUAAAUCAGAUAAGCUCCUCAUGAAUAAGUUGAUGAGCUCCUCCCUCCUCCCCUCGGUCGCUCUCCGCCCCCGCGUGUCCCGUUAAAUUCCUCCUGCCCGGCAUCAAGUUCCCGGGGGAAAGGGCGGAGAGUUGGACACAAACUCUGUAACAUAAGUAACUAACAGUAAGCAGACAAGGUGGAGACAAACUAGCUUUACCGAAACCUUAGAGAAGAGAAGACUCUGGCUCUAAUUAAAACAGCUCUGACUGAGUUUCAGGGGCACACUCAAGUCAACCGUGACCGGGAUGAAGGAGGCGUUCACGGUCGCAUAAAAAGGCCCGGAGAGUCGCGCUUCUCCCCUCAAAGUGCGUCUCUUGAGUUGAAGCAAACGGUCAAUGGCAGACAUGCGGACCAGAGGCAUGAACGGAUCGGAUCUGAGCAGGACCACGGCGGUCAGGGCUGCUGCCAUAGCCGAACAGCUGCACCAUGAAUGCACCAUCUUACUGGAACUUUAUAGGAAGAAGGAGAGCUUUUCUACGGAUGUCACAGUGGCCGACAGCCGUCUGGUGUCUGUCCCGCCUCCCUCCUCGCAACUGGACGCCAGGGACAAGCUCUGGCGUCUGCACUCUGCUCUGCAACAGUGUCGCAGCUUACUGGAGAGAGCUGCAGCCAAAGAAGAAGAAGAGCUGGGUGGCGAGGUCAAAGGUGAGUAUGAGAACCAGAGGAAGACGGUGAAGGACAGGCUGUCGCUUCUGUUAGUCAACACUGGAGAACUCCUAAAAGCUGCAGAUGGCACAGCGGUCCUGACUCCCAGCAUAGAGGGACUGGAGUUAGACGGUCCGGCUGUUCUGUUUGAAGUGAAGCUGUGGGUAUACCGGAUCUACAAAGAGGUGGACUACUGGACCAAGACAGCCGUCACCACAUUGCAGGCCCUGCCCUCGGUGAUAGCCAGGGAACGUGUGAGGACCACCAGGGUUAGGAGCACAAGAAGCACUCGAAGAUGAAAAGGAGACCCGAGAGUUUGGUGUGACCGAAGAGGAAUGAUGAAAGAGAAAAGAUGUUAGGGAGAGAGGUAAGAAGGUAAAAGGCAUGAAGGGAUGAAAGUGGAGGAAGGUGUUCAGUCAGUGGGAGGCGAGACACAGGGAGGCUGACUGAAAAGAAUGACAUGAAUAGUCAGUUGAAAGACAGAUCCUGAAUGGCACAGGGACAUGAGUGUGUUGGAUUAUUGUUAGGGCUUCAAACCCUUCACAUGAACAGAGAUGUAGAAAACACACAAAGGCAAUAACCAUUUUUGUCACAACAUCAGUUGGCGCAAGUUUCUUACUAAUCCAACUUUGCUUUCAUUGUUGUAAGACAAAAUCUAACAGUGUAUUUAGAUUCAGGAGUCUGAGUUUUUCUUUCUUUCUUUCUUUCUUUCUUUCUUUCUUUCUUUCUUUCUUUCUUUCUUUCUUUCUUUCUUUCUUUCUUUCUUUCUUUCUUUCUUUCUUUCUUUCAAAACAAAACCUGAUUCACAUCACCUCAAACAGAGUAGUAAGAUAUUGCUACUUUCAACUUAGUCAUGUUUGUUUCUACAAAAUAGGACAGUCUUUUAUGUUCUCAUUCGCUCCAGGGGCAGAUUAUGAUGAAAAUAAGUACAUUUGGAUUCAUACCAUCAUCAGACUACAGAUUUCAUAUGCACAGUUUUUAACACUAGGUCUACAAAUCAUUCUAAACAAAUCAUUAUCUGGGCGUGUUAAAUACAUGAAGGAUAAUAAGAACUAUGUAACAGCACCCUCUAGUGUUUAAACACACAAUUACUCCUUCUGCUCCUUCCUAUUAUUCCUUAGUGCAGUUAAUUAUUAGAAAUAGGCAGCUUAUGUUUUUACAUACUUGCUUGUAGUGAAAUCAACUGCUACCAGUGUACAUGGUUAAGGAGAAGAAUCAACAAGUGCAGUAACAGCAAUGAUCCAAGUAAUCCAACACUAACCCGGAACAGAGUGGAAAUAUUAUAGGUAAAAAUACAGAUUGAAAAAGCCAGUCUGAUUUCAUUCACUGUAAAUGUAAUUAUUAAUAUUGUUUAAAAUAACGGGAGUCCUACAUCAUUUUAUUGCCUUUGUAAAUAAAACCUGUCAUGCUGAGCAGCACUGAAGUGAAGCAACCAAACUCUUACAAAGACCAACAUGAGUGAAGUUAGACAAAUAUCAGACCUGGAAGCAGGCACUAUGGACAGAGAGCAAGUGUUUCCUAAUACCCAUUUGAGAGUCUCAUGCCAUGGCUCCAUAUUUAUGCAGUCUAACUUAGCUCAAAUUUUAAGUGAAACAUCUGUUUAUAGGACAAUAACAGCCUUUACUGCAACAAAUGAUGUUAAAAGUUGACAGUCCUGCACACACCACUGUCAGUCACACCUCAACAGUGUUACCAGUUACACUUGUAUAAGUUUUAGCCUCACCUUAUUACAUGAUACAUGAAGAUUGUGGCAAAAAAGGAGAAAAGAUUGUAAAUGUAAUGAAGCCCGAUGUGAAAAUGUGAAGCACAUACAAGGAUGUGUGUGCUGGAGGUGGUGUUAAAGUUGUAUGUUUAAUUGUCAUAUUGUAAUUUGUUUGAUAUGAUUUUUUUUUUUAAUCUCGUCGUGUUUAUUUUGUCAUGUGCUGUAUAUAGGUUUAGUAGAUACACUGAUGGUAAAAAAAUACUUCGCAAAAUUUUAAACAGCAGAUACUCAAACACAAAUGUAUUUGGUCAUUUGAUGCAAGUCAUUGUAAUUCAUUUUGAGGUAAAAUGUGACCAUUACUAAGUUAUUUGCUUAAUUUACGAAAAAACUACUGAUUGAAAAAUCAAAAAAACAUAAUAAAUACAUCCUAAAUAUCUAAUAUCUCUAGGGCAUUGUACUUUUUUUUCCUCUGUACUACAGAUGUAUUAUCUCAUCGUUUAAGUUUUGUAGCUACUCUAAUGACGAAACUACACCGUGCGUUCAUCUGCUGAAUUCUUUUCUCAAAAGAAUUUGUUGGCUCAGUUAUAUGUUUUCAGUUAGUCAAUUUUACUCUGACUUAAAACAAUACUGAGUGUUAAAAAAUGUAAAGGGUUCUGUUGGCGUAAGUGUGUUGCUUCAGGUAAGAGAAAACCCCCCUGCUGUUUAUGAUAUGUUCAGUAUUUCAGUGUUUUAAACUCUAAAGUUAUCACAGAGAUAAUUAACUCAUAUUCUUGAAAGGUAUGAAUUAUACAAGGAUACUUUUAAUCUAUUGAUUGCUUGCAAAUUGAUUAGGCUGUUGAUUGAGUAAUUAGGCUAUUGAUUACUCAGUAGUCUUGAUGGUGUAAACACUUAAAAGGUGUGUGCAGUAGCUUUUUUGGACAACUUGGAAGUUACAGACAUGUUCAUGUAGUGUUUUUUAUUCAUAUUGUGUUACAUCCAUCCAUACCAGAUAUCUAUUGUUCAGUCUUUGUAUCUCAUCCUGGUGAUCAGAGAAUGUGUACCCUGUGGUAACAUUCCUGAAAAAUGUAUUACAUUUAUUAUUUAUUCUGUUGUUUUUACUGUACAUGUUUAUUGUUGGUGUUUUCAACAAAUAAGAAUUCAUCAUGCAGCCUAUGUUUUGACCUCUGGUGUUG